GACCAGAAAACCAUCUCCUUUGCAUCGAGUGCAAUCAUUGUCCUUAUUGCAGUCAAGUCAAACGCAUCCUUUAGUUAAUGAUUGGGUCAAACAACAACGGGCGCCGCAGUUAGUACAGAAUGAAUUACCUAGGGAACAAGACUGGACUCCAAAAAACAAACAUAUGCCUGUAAAUGCUGCAUUUCUUUAUCCUCGUGACGUAGACAAUAAGCAACAAAGGUCUAGAACACCCACCCGCGAGGGAGAAUAUUAUUCGCGAACAACUCGAGAUGCUGGUAAUUGGGAAGAUAGAGACCGAAGGAGUAAUAAUGAUUGGAGUGAACACAGAAAGACAGCUUAUGACAGCGAAGAUGGUCAGCUCAUCGACAGGGAUAGAUUAAUGCCACGAGAUAAUGAAUGGGAUGAAAGAGAUAAACGUUCUUUAUCGAGGAGUAAGGAAAACGAUUGGGAUCAUUACAGGCAAAAAUCUACAAAGGAUCAAUAUCUUCAUAGUGAAAAGAAUAUUUUAAGGAAUUCUAGGUCAUCUGAAUGGGACA